AUGACAACAGAGAUUCGGAAUAUCAGGCUGCUGGAGAAGAUUGCAUCUGGAGCAUUUGGAGAAAUAUAUGUUGGGGAGAACAUGGCAACAAGCCAGAAGGUGGCGGUGAAGCUUGAGAAGAAAUCGCAGUAUGGACAGCUUAAGCAUGAGUAUGCAGUAUACAAGAUGCUUGGAAGCCACAGUACACCGAAGGUUUAUGAGUAUGGGAAGAUUUUGUAUGAGAGCGUGUAUGUGAAUGGAAUGGUGAUGGAGCUGCUUGGAAAGUCUUUAGAGCAAUUGUUUGCAGGUACAAGUAGGCAGUUUUCGAUGAAGACGGUGCUGAUGCUGGGCGAAAGGAUGGUUGAUAGCAUAGAGUAUCUGCAUCACAGAAACUAUGUGCACAGAGAUAUCAAGCCGGACAACUUUGUGUUUGACAUACAUGGAGAAAGAUUGUACUUGAUUGAUUAUGGGCUUGCAAAGGAGUUCAGGAACCCAGCAACGUUCAAGCACAGAGAGAUACGAACAGACAAGUCCUUGACAGGGACAGCAAGAUAUGCGUCUUUGCGCACGCAUCAAGGAUACGAGCAGAGCAGAAGAGAUGACCUUGAAAGUGUUGGGUUCUGCAUGGUAUACUUCUUGAAAGGCAGGCUUCCUUGGCAAGGAUUGAAGGCAAAAACAAAGCAGGAGAAGUAUGACAAAAUACGAGAGAGCAAGGAGAGCAUUUCUCUGUAUGAGUUGUGCAUGGGUCUUCCUAAGGAGAUCCAUUCAUUCUGCUUCUAUGUGCGGAAUCUUGGCUAUGAAGACAUGCCGAACUAUGCAUAUUUGAAGGCAUUGCUGAGUGAUGCACUGAGACAGAGGGGAAUGAGGAGUGAUGGUGCGUACGAUUGGAUGGUGAAGGGAUCUGCAGAGCCUCCGGCUGACUUUGGAGUACUGUAG